AUGGAAAAUAUUGGAAUAAACUGUGAAAAGAAACCAGAUGAAAUCGGUGACUGGGAUUUGGAAUCAAGUUUAAAUAGCAUAGUCUCACGUGUACCAGGUUCCUUCUGGUGGAAUGAUACAUUGUCGAUAGAGUCUAAAAUAAACAUCAAAAUAUAUUAUUGGCUUCGAAUUCCUGCCCAUGAACUCUCUAUCAACCAUGAUCAAAGACAUGAUGUAAAUGAUCGCAAGAACAUACAUUCAAAUAGGUUACUGGCUAAAUUAUUACUAAUCCAUUAUAAUGAAUCAAUAAAUAUUUCAGGCGUUCAACUUACUCCGCAAAAUCAGAAUCAGAUCAUAUGCAUUGACUGUUAUGUGCCCCAGAACGGAGGACAUUGGAAAGUGAUAUGGAGUGAUUUAAAACGAAAUCUUGAAUUAUCUACUUCAUCAGAUGGUGAACAUUAUGGUAAAUCGAAAAAAAUGAUAUCGAAAAAGCCAAUACAGUUAGGGCCUGGUUUACGAAUUACUGGUUGGGCAUCUGGUCAUUCAUAUUCGUCCAAAUCUUGUGAUGAUACGCUACCAGGCUGUGAGACUCACAACUGGUGCUUUAUUAUUCCUAUAAAUAUAGAUCACUUGUAUAACGUGACUGUAGUGUUAUUAUUACCAAAAAUCAAGGAUGUAAAUGUUAAUCCGCCUACGCAUCCUCUACGAUCUACAGGAUUGGGUGGAAGCAGCAAUGAUAUAAACCUAUUAAAUAGUAAUAAAUAUAAACUUUUCACAUUACAACAGUCUAAUUUUACACAAACAAAAGAGUUACAAUUAAGAAAAAAUUCAAAUUUGAACAAUAACAAUACUAAUUUUUUCUUCACAUCAAGUCUUUUUGGAUUUGGAGCCAAAUUGGUUGUUAUUACGCAGCCUAACAACUACCAACAGAAACUAGAUAUGAGUUCUAUUAGUGUAGAUUCAAUUUGCUCUUUUGAUACAUUAGAUUAUCAUUGUCGUUUUGGCGAUAAACAGAAAUCCUGUCAAUAUACAUACAUUGAAACACAGAACGGUACUCCAGCCUAUAAAAAUGGAUCUUUUGUUAGUCAAUUAAAAAAUGAUCACAAAGAAGAAAAUCUUCAAUACAAUGAUCAUAAUCAACUAUUUAACGAUCAACCAUUAUUUCUAGAUCAUAUCAAAGAAGUGAAUUUGAAUGAAACAUAUUUCGUAUCAUGUUUGAAACAUAAUGUAACCAUAAAUUGUGAUUCUUCGGUCGUAUCCAAGGGUAAAAAUGAAAAUGGAUUUAAUCCGAAAUAUUAUACUGAAAUCUAUCCACUUGAAGAAUUGGAAGUUGUAUGCUCAAAACCAACUGCUCCUUCCUGGUUCUCUAAAUGUAAAAAAUCCCAAAGCAUAUUAAAUGUAAAUAAUCGUCAAAGUGGAUCAAAUCAAUCAGCAUUGUAUACAACGUAUACAGAUUCAUCAAUAAGUAUGGCUGAAUCGGACCAACUCAACAGUCAAUCGUUGUUAGUUGAUGUAGAACAACACGCUCUUCCUAAAACAUCAACAACUUAUUCUACAUUUUCAAAUCCAACGGUAGAAUAUGAAAACCGAACAAAUUUGUUGAAUAAACUUCUUGGAGAAUUAAAUUUGUUAUCACAGAUUAUUUUUAAUUUAGACAGUACUUAUAAUGUAUGUAAUUAUGAUCUUCAUGAGUUAUGCAAAUGUAUUCUACAAGAUUUAACAGAAUUACAUAAUGAUGAAGAAGAUGAAGAGGAUAUUUGUGAUCAGGAGUUGGCCUUUCCUUCACCUCUAAUGCCAACAACAACACAACCUUCAAAUUAUCAUAAAGAGGAACUACACGCAAUAUCGACGAUGAGUACCAAUGAUACAACUCUUAUCGAUAAAGAGAAUACUAACGAUCUAUCAGUUAUAUGUGUCCCUUUACCAAAUGCUUGUCGAAUCAAAUCACCUGUACGAUUACUGGUUUCCUAUUUCGAAAUUUUAUCAGAACUCAUGGAGUUGAAAGAUCAUGAAAAUAAGUGUUCAGAAGAUAAUCAGGAGGAUUUAUCUAGUUUAAUGGAUACAUCAGCUAGUAUUUUACGUCUUUUAGAUGUAGAUACUGCUAUUGAUGAAAAUCAAAGUAAAAAAUAUCAAAACAAUGAAAUAAAUUUUUCAACCUCUAAAACUUGCGAAAUUGCUUUGCAUACUUUAUUACACCUACACAAUGCUUGGGUAGCAGCUCCAGUACUCAUCGAAAUGUUGAAUACAGAAGAUAACAAUGAAUCAAAUGAUUCUAAAAAAUUAUAUGAAACAAUCCAACUUUACUUAACACGUAUACAAUCUGCAUUGGAUCUACAAAGGCAAAGAUUGAAAACAUUAAUUUCUAAUGAUCUAUGCUUAAAUCUAGAUAAGCCCAUAAUAUCAUCUUUAAAUGAAAAUACAGUUGAAAAUUUUGAAGAUUUAUGUAGACUUGUAAUCGAUAGUUCACUUAGUAAUGAAUUGGAGUCAGAAAAACAGUUAUUCCAUUCAAUUCAAUGUAAUUCAAAUGAAUUAUUUGAUAAAAUUGUUCAAGCAUUAGAACUACUACCUCUUCCUUUAACUGAUCUAUGGAAACAAAGUAAAAAGUUAUGUACUCCAAACAAUUCCAUUGGACUUGAGAAGCAUGACAAGCUAGAUAACAAUCGGGAGUCAUUCUUCGAUAAAACUGAUUUUGAUGAUGAUCACAAAUGGGAGCAAUUUUAUGAAUUUAAUAAAUUAUAUUUAAACUGUCUUGCAGUAUAUUUAAAUGAAGUGAAGUGUUUUGUUACUACAAUCAAUGAUGGAAAACUGUCACAAUCACAGUCAGUCACAACAGUAACAAACGACACCGUUCAUAUUAAUUCUGCUAGUCAGUCUUUUAAUUAUCCUAUUACACAUUUGAAUAGUAGUAUUCUAUUGAAUACAAGUUGGCAGCAAAAACAAUUGGAUAACGUUGACAAAGAACGUGAAAUUUUACAAGAAAAUUUCAAUGAAUUAAGUGUUCUAGCUGAUUUUCUUCACGAAUUUUUGUUGUCAUCAUUACCAUCAUAUUCAUCAUCUAGUUAUUCUUCUGUAAUAAAAACUUCAAAACAACAAAAACUAUGGAAAGAAUUAAUUAAUGAAAUGCGAUCAAUUUCAUCGCGUGCAUUUGAACAAUAUACUUGUCUUGGAUUUAUAAAACAGAUUAUUCUUAGACCCGGUGGAUUAUGGGAUCUGUCUAAUUUUUUAAUAGAACUAUUAAAUCAAUUAAUCAAUGUUUCUCAGUCACAUAGUUCGACAGAAUCGGAUCUAUAUAUUUUUGAACUUUCUAUUCGCCAUUUAAGUCAUCAAAUUUGGAUUGAAUUAGCUUCAAUUAAUAAUUUAUCGAAUGAAUACUUUGAUAAAACUGAAGAUAUUGGUAUAACUGGAUGGUUUGAAGCAUGGAUUUAUCGUUUACAAGAGAUAUAUCGACUAGUGGUUGAUAAAUGGACUGAACAAAUGCAUCGAUUUCGUAACAAUGUACAAAUCCGUACAAUUAAUGAUUGGUGUAAUUACGUUACAAAUUGUAUUCCUGAACAUGAAAUGUUCCAAAAUCUACCUCCUAACUUGGCAUCUUUACCUUAUGAUCAUCAACAAUCAAGAAAACAUCAUUUAUUUGACAAAUCAAUAAAUAAAGAAUUUCAUUUUGCUAUACUUUGGUCUUUAUUAUGUGAUGCGGAAAUAAUUCAAGAGAAGUACAAUGUUCAAAUAGAAACAUCUUGUUCGAUAAGUAAACAAUUCACCGAAACAUUACACAAAUUGAAACAAUAUUUAAAUAAAUACAUUGAAAAGUUCACCAUGUUAUCAAUGGAUAAUGUCAAUUCUACGCUACACAAUUCUAAUCAUAGCUUAAUAACACCACUAUUAAAACAAUUAGAAUAUAGUUUAUAUGAAAUUCCUGAUCAGUGUCGUGUAUUUUCUUUAGAGUUAAUUGAUAACACUUUCAGUGUUUCCCAUCAGUCUGAUCAGUUGCGUGUCAUGUUACAAGAGUUACGGCGUUUACGUAAUUUAUGUGAACGUAAUUAUCUGCUAUGUAAUCAAUCUUUAAGUCUUUUGCAUAAAAUAAGCCUUUCCAAUUUAGAUCAUUAUGAGUCGAAUGCUGUGAAAGAUAUGCUUCAUGUGUUAACUACAUGGACUUAUGGUUACUUUGUCAUUCGUCAUUCGUUAGAACGAGUUAUUCGUGCUGGAGGUGUUGUUGAAUCUGAAAGAUAUCCAUUGAGAACAGUAAUAGCGAAUGAAUUACGUUCAGAAGCAGUAAAAGAUGAUAGAUUAAAAACAACGAAUAGAGCUGAAAUACCGGAUAAUGAUAUUAAUUGUUUAGUAAUUGCUCGAACAAAUCAAGCUAUGGAAAUUAAUGAACUUUGUCAUAAAAUGGAUCAAAUUAAUUGGAUUAAUUCUUGGGAAGGGUUAUUAGAAUACACUAAUGAAGAAGUAACUAUUGAACAAGGAUAUUUUAAACUAUGGAUAAUAUACUUUCUUCAACAAUUUCAAGAUUUCUCAUCAAAAAUCAAUCUAGAUGCAAUAUUUUCAUGUCCAAAUAAACCAAUUGAAAGGAUCAACAUAAUUGGUCAGAUUGAUCAAAAAGGUUAG